GCUCGGCUUUUCGCCGCGUCUGGCGCCCGAGCGGAGCCGCGGGGCGGGCAGCGGGAGCGCGGCGGCGGGCCUUUGGGGCGCCCCUGGAUGGCUUGCGGGCCGCGCAGCGCUUGACCCGACGGGCGGCUGGAAGGCAGGCGGCCGGGCUUGCCCUGCGGAGCGACGGGGCGCGCUCCGAAGAGCCCCCGCGGAGCAGCCGAGGCCAGGAGCGCGCCAGGGCCAGGGCGCACGGUCUGCUCGCCAUGCUGGGCUCCGGAUUCCGGGCGAGGCAACCCUGACUGGCCGCAGUACCGCAUCAGAGACUCCUAGCAACCUCCCGGCCCUCCCCCCCCCCCAUUUUCUCCCAGGCUUGGAUGAUAGCAGGGGACAGCCGAAGCAAAGUCGAUUGAUGAACUCGGCCCCUGCCGUCUAUAAAUAGGUAACAGACGACAGUAAGGAUGGGGCAGAAGGUCACUGGCGGGAUAAAGACUGUGGAUAUGAGGGACCCGGCUUAUAGGCCGCUGAAACAUGAGCUUCAAGGACUGGACUACUAUAAGCCCACCCGGUUGGACCUCCUAUUGGACAUGCCACCCGUCCCCCGUGAGGUCCAGUUGAUGCACUCGUGGAACAACGAUGACCGCUCGCUCAAUGUCUUUGUGAAGGAGGACGACAAGCUUAUAUUUCACCGGCAUCCGGUGGCCCAGAGCACGGACGCAAUCCGGGGCAAAGUGGGGUACACACGGGGGCUCCACGUGUGGCAGAUAACAUGGGCCAUGCGGCAGCGGGGCACGCAUGCUGUAGUGGGUGUGGCAACAGCAGAUGCCCCCCUGCAUUCCGUCGGGUACACAACUCUAGUCGGGAACAACCACGAGUCCUGGGGAUGGGAUCUCGGGCGGAACCGGCUGUACCACGAUGGGAAGAACCAGCCAAGCAAGACAUACCCUGCCUUUUUGGAGCCGGAUGAAACCUUCAUUGUUCCUGACUCCUUCUUGGUGGUGCUGGACAUGGAUGAUGGAACGUUGAGCUUCAUUGUGGAUGGGCAGUAUAUGGGAGUUGCUUUUCGGGGACUUAAAGGGAAAAAGCUGUACCCGGUUGUAAGCGCCGUGUGGGGCCACUGUGAAAUUAAGAUGCGUUACUUGAAUGGACUUGACCCGGAACCUUUGCCUCUGAUGGACCUUUGCCGGCGUUCUGUGCGCCUCGCGUUGGGCAAGGAUCGGCUGAAUGAAAUUCCUGAGCUGCCGCUACCUGAAUCCCUCAAGAGUUACCUUCUCUAUCAGUGACCCCGUUGAGUGGACUGACUUGCACAAGAAAUUGAGGGAAGUGGAUUUGCAUCUCUGGACAAAUGGCCCACGUCCCCUGCACAUACAUCUGCUGGAACAAGCCUUUGGAAGAUGCUGACGUGAAAUCUGUUCCCCGUCCCUAUGCAAAAUCAAAGCGGCUGUUUUGAGAGAGUGGCUUACGCAAGUCUUGAGCAAGGGGCAGCCGAUGCGGGGAGGAAGAUAACAACCACCUGUGUUUCAAACAACUGACAAACCAGCAGAACCUUGCAAUGCCAUCUCUCGCCAGUUUCCGGCCAUCGUCCAAGUGGCACUCUUGUUUGAUUCCCCACUCUUACAUUGGUUGAGGAGGGAACAGAAUCUGGGGGGGAGACAGCAGAUCAAAUACCAGGUGCUAAGCAUUUGCCACAGUGCAACUUGGUGCAUCUUUACCUAAAGGAUUACCCAAAACAGCCAAUUUUUACCUAACACUUCAGUGGGCAAGACUAUGAGAGAGAAAAAUUCGCCAUGUGGAUACGUAUUCAUUCGGACAAAGACUGGUGUAAGCAGCCCUCGCUGUUACAAGGAGCAUCUUUCCCUCUAUCGUGCCCUCUGCUUGUUGGGAUUUGUGUUGCCAUUCCAGUUUGGUACUGACUGGAGGCCCAAAACCCAGAUGCUGCCAUUUUGACUGUUCUGUCUGGAUAUUCACUUGAACUUGCAAUUCUGAGGGUUGGCACGAGAGCGUCUUCUAAUGGUGCGCAGGUCCACUCUACUGAAGACAUGGUUGUAGGCUAUGAGGGCCCUGGGGUCAAACUUGCUCUUCUAGACUGCCUUCUUCAUCUUUAAAGCUGGCCCCUGAUUUUCUUCCACCCCUUACUCCAUAUUAGCUUUAACUGAGCAACUCAUUGGGCCUAAAAUAGUUUUAAAACUCAAGUGCCUGGGGCUUUCUUCUCCGUAAGUUCUACCAUCUUUCAGGUGCACUCUUUGAGUCAACAUUGUGUCUCGGUUCUUCUCUCUCCCACCAUUGCAAUGCGUGGCAAAACUUUGUCCUCCUUGGAUUUAAAAUCGUAUUAAGAGGGAGAGAGGAAACUGAUUCCCUGUAGUUAUCUUGUUUCCAUAUUGCAGAGCCAAAGACAAGGUUGUUUGCAUAUUGGGCACUCCCUGUCUUGAAAUAUCACUGCCUUGCCACAUAGCUGGACAGAUCUCUAGCUGGCAUUCAAGAGACCUGCACUGUGAUUCUUCCAAGAUACGGUUCUCCCCAUACUUUAUGUCCGAUCAGGCUGUAAACUAGGUCUGAAAUGCAGGUCAGCAGUAAAGGGCAGGGUUCUUGGUUAAAUACAACUGUUCUAGUUUCUUGACCUGCAUAGCCUUGGAAAAGGGAGGUGGGGGUAUCUGUAGGAACACCAAUUGGUACAGCAUAGGGGCUUUCCACCACCAGGGGCACGCAAAGAGAAUGCAGACUGUGCUCGAAUUGAGGGAUGCACACGUUGGUCUAGAAGAGCAACUUUUCCUUUCUCAAGCCAUAGUUGUGGCUGCCCCAGUUUGUUAAACUUCUAAGCUGCCUUAGAGGGGUUAAUUUUUUGCACAUGGUUUUUUUUCUUCUCACGAGGGGAGGAAAACACACUUGAGUGUCUUUCACCAGAUUUGUGUAGGGGGGGGGUGUCUUCUUUUUUUUAUUCUGUACAGGUACAAAUGAACUUGUUUGUUAGAAAAUGUUUAAUAUAUUUUGCCUUGGUUUGUAAAAAGGACUCUUUGGGUUUUUUUUGUUUUUAAGACAAGCUGCUGUAGGGAGUUAAUCUUUGUUUUAAAGAAAGUUGCCUAUUUUUUAAUAAAGCACACAAUGGUGCCAAGAUCAGACUGGGGAGGGGAAUUUGACCAGAGUCUUUUUAAAAGAAGAAACCUGUUACAGGGUGGGACACUUCAAAUUGCACAAGGAGUUUUAAAUGUGUACAGAGCCAAGAAUUUUAAUUGACGAGUCCUGCACACGUCUUCCAUCACCUGGAAUCGGUCACCUUACCUUGUGUUUCAGAGCCACCUUCUCUCCUUUUCACCUGUGUCUCCUGUUUAAACCCGUGGUGUGUUUGGCUUGUACAGUUUUUAAAUGUCUCAUUAUUUCCCCCCUAUUGACUAUAGAUCAUCAGUAACCAAACUGAAAAAAAAAUAAAGUUUAUUAAAU